AUGGAUUGCAUCGGUUUCUACAAGAAAUUACGAACUGAUUUCGAAUUCCACUGUAAGGAACUUACGUUGAAGAUUAGUUUCAACUAUGUAGAUGAUCGCCACUCUUCUCCAUCCGCUGGCCGGAAAGGGGAGAAGAGAGGGAAAUCAUCUGUCACAAAAAGGAUGCUCGGUGAACGGGACGCACAGCUCGAUGCGGAGGAGGACGCUUCGAGCGAGAGGUCAAUCUGGCGCAGCGUCUAUAAUAUGAUGCGAUAUGACUCGUUGACAUGUCCGCAUGGCCCUCAUUGUUGGGUGGAUCCGAUGGGAAAAAAGCACUACUCGCUGAAAACCCAUCACUUAAAGCGCCUGAUAGCCCAUGUUGAAAAGGACGGGAUUCUAGAGGGCCACAAUGACGUACCAGAAGUGGUGCGCAACGAACUAUACAAGGAAGAAGAAGAAAGACGGAAAGGGGACAAGCAGAAAGGAGAUCACUCCAAUCGGGCCGAAGUACCAUAUCCUCCUUUCAGCAACAUCAUCAAUGUCCUGCCCUCCCAAGCUGCUCCCAACGGGUCAGAUGGCUCAGCUCCCAAGGCGGUGAUUGAUCAACUGACCAUGUGCCCAUUGGAGAUUCCUGGUCCCAGAGAUGUAGCAGUGGAGGAGUACGGUGAGUGGCAGAUGUCGAAUUUCACCAAUGAUGCCCUUAAAUCUGCAUUUCGACAAGUUUGUGACGUUAUGCUAGACCAUGGUCUAGACCUUGAGCAGGUUUACAAGGAUCAGGACCCAAAUUUCUUCAUCGAGAAAGGAAUUAAAAUAGGCAUUGCUAGGCGUUUUGUGGAAGAUAUCGGAAAAUGGGCCGAGAAGGUAAAGAAAGUAAUGCCUGUUUAUGAAGUACUUUAG